AUGCCUGACAGUCUGGUUUCGGUUGAUGAAGAAAGUAGGUGGGAAGCUGUUCUGGAGACGUACCUCGACUGCAUAAAAGUUGGGAAUUCAAAGAGAAACACGGUCACAAUAAAUAUACCACUCAGUAAAAGAAAAGCACAUAAUCGUAAUUUAUUGAGCAAAAGAUGGUGUACCGGUAAUUUUUUUGAUAAACCACCGCAGCAACAAUCAUCCUCAAGUGAAGACGGAGAAUUUAUUAAUCUACAACCAGAUACCAUCGACUUUACCAACAAGCAAAUUUCAACAGACAUCGGUGACUUAUAUACAUUAUGUGCACAACAAUGCCAUGCAAAAUUUUUAAGUACCAUGAUCUAUAUGAUUUUGAGACAUUUAAAUUUAUCAUGGAGAGAUACUGAUCAAUUUUUAAGUUCAUUUGGAACAAUAAGCAUCCUAACGUGUCAUAAAUGGGCCAAAACAUUUUUAUGUAAAGAUUUCAACGAUUUUGUAAAUGAAAAUAGAGGUGAAAAGCACACCGAUGGGUUUUAUGACGUUUUUCCUGAGUUGAAGAUUCAAGGUAGAGCGUUUGUGGUCGAUGCGUGUUCACAAAAGUCAAGUAGUUUUAAGGCGGCAGAUUUAGCAACAUUUAUUGAUGAACGUUACUAUAAAAUCAAUAAUUUGAAGAAAUCUGCGAAUAAUUUAAUUCGUUCAAUUGAGAACUGUCGUUUGGACAUACGACGUUGGGGUGGAAGACAUGAGGCCAACAGCAAUCAUCCUUAUUUUGAAGGCCUCGAACGCGCCGAUGUUAUUGCUCACCGGAAAGAAUUCAUUCAGCAUUUUUUACCAAGAAAAGCUGAAUAUUAUACUAUAACAAAUGAUGAAUCUCCCAACUGGAUUAUACCCACUACACCACACCGUACCAUUCUUAUUUGUAAGUGA